AUUACUCUGUAGGAGAGCGCUCAUGUUCCCUACUGGGAAAAUGAAAAUAGUGUCGGCUGAAAUAGUUGGCGAUUUACAGAAAGGUCGUUGAAAUGUCAGCAUUGAAAGCAUUAGAAUUUGUGAGCGUCUUGCUUCACGAUGUUGCGGAGUCAAAGUUUUUGUUGACACAAAUCCCGGAAAAGGGAUUAUGGCUGCCAACGGGAACGAAAGGCGAUGGGGAAACACUUCAAAAUGUGGCGCUGCGAAUCGCAAACGAGGUGACAGGUCAGGAUGUUGGAGUGAAGGGAUUAUUGAAGACCAGCUUCAUACACUUUGUCAACUCACCGUCGGUUGUCUUGGUAACGUUCCUAAUGCAUUCUGUGGAGAGACCAGACCUGUGUGCCAAGGAAGCAGUGUGGUUGAGCGAGGAACAAACAGAAGACAAACUGAAGUCAUCUGAACUUUUAGGAACAGAACCAGUCAGUUUCAUCCAACAAGUACAGAAUGGGGCCAUCCCCACUAACUCACUGAGUGAGACCAACGUUGAGUAUGUGGACACGGAAGCUAUCACCGACCUGUCACAGAUUACAGCACAGGAGGCGCUCAUCAAGUCGGCCAAGUUUGGCAGGAAAGAACAAGACAUGUUUUUCAAAGAGUUCAUGAGUUGGUGUUUGCCAAGCCAGACGAUGAACUUUGAAGUUUUUCGAGCUUUCAUCACGCACAAAGGGGCAAGAGCAGACUUGGUGGAGGAUUUCUUUAGGGCGUUCGACACACACAAACGACGGAUGCUCAACUUUAAGGAAGUAUUACUAGGCCUAGCAGCCAUUGAACCCAGCACACAACACGGUGGAAUGCCAGCAGAGAUGAGAUGUAGAUACAUUUUCCGGUUUUAUGACAAAAAUAUGGACAACUCUUUACAGUUUACAGAAUUCAGGGAAAUGGUGCGGGACAUCCGUCAGAUCAAAGGUCUGUCCACCGACGAUGAGUCGGUUUAUGAUGAUGCCAUGAAAAGUGCCAAAUGUUUCGGUUCAGAGACUAAAAACAAAUUGCCCAUGGGCGAGUUUCUCACUGCUGUGGGCCAGCUUAAGUUCCGCGGGACGUCAGUGUUGUUCCGUCUCUCACAUUCCAGUCUCACCUCCAUAAAAAGUUCCUCAGAUGGGAGUUUGUCGUCCCCCCAGAGAGAAGAGGAGACAGAACCACCCUCAAAGAGAUAUCGUCCCAAACUGAUGGACGCCAUGAAGUUCUCGCCUCCGAAGAAACUCAAUAUGACCGAUCCUGAUGCAGACGUGUUCAAGUUGCCGGAGGGUCGGCCGGUGAUGUCGGGUAAACACCACGGACUUCAACCCAAAUACGAGUUAGCCACACACACAGUCAAAGUGAGGCGAACCGGCUUCCUGUCGGACGUUAUCAAACUCUGGGACCUGCAAGGUACAACUGCUGUGGCAGAAAGUGCUAUGAGUCACCUUGAAGGAGAUAUUUCCCGCUUCCAACGAAUGUCCUCCAUCGACUCCUUCAACCAGAGAUCCCACCCGAACGAGAUGUUGACAGGACUUCGCUACUUUGAGCGAUCCAUAAAAGGGGACAAUGGAAAUCAAGCAAAGAGCCAGUAUGACUGGGGCCAAGUUGAACGGGGUGCCCUCGCUAAAUGUUUGCUGACCUUGUGUCGGCAGCUCAAGGACACCCUGAGCAGUGAACCUAGGCUGAUCAAAUUAAAAUCCCCGGUUUACAUCCUUGGGGAUAUCCAUGGAAACUAUCGGGAUCUGGUGUGUUUUGAGAAAGCACUGUGGAGGAUGGGUCCUCUACUGACACCUGCCUCCUUCCUGUUCCUCGGGGACUAUGUGGAUCGGGGAGAGUUCGGCGUGGAGGUUGUAUCAUAUCUGUUUGCCCAGAAGUUACUGGCACCUGGCAAGUUUUACUUGUUGAGAGGAAACCAUGAACUCCGAAGUGUACAGGAAAUGUUUUCGUUUAAAUCGGAAUGUCUGUCUAAAUUUGGGGACACCAUCGGCCUACAGAUUUGGGAGGCGGUAAACGAUUGUUUUGAUGUGAUGCCUAUUGCCGCCACUGUUGAUGACCGGGUGUUCUGUGUACACGGAGGGAUCCCUAGCAAUGACAAUGACGGAGGAUUUAUCGAGAAGAUCAACAAAGUUCCUGUACCGUUGAAGGACCCGGAGAUCGACAGUCCCCUGGCCUGGGAGAUCCUGUGGAGUGAUCCCGUCAGUAAUGACUUGUUGACCCCAGAGACCAUAAAGGACUUACAGGAUCACGACGGCUUUAUCUACAACACACGGCGUGGUACCGCCCAUUUCUUCUCCUGUGAUGCCCUGCUUGGCUUUCUCGAGCGAAACAAUCUGUCACAUGUGAUCCGUGCCCAUGAGGUACAAGAGAACGGAUUCCAGGUCCAGCAGAAGGGGAAGUUACUCACAGUGUUCUCUUCAUCUCACUACUGUGGGGGGUCUAACGAGGCCGCCUGUGUCCUCGCUGACAACUUCAAGCUUCGCAUGAUUCGCAUCGAUACCACUUGAUGCUCCAGACACCCCACGUCAGGACGUACAUACAACUUAAUCCUGUGGGUACUCUUGGAAUGAUGUGUACAAUCUAGACUUGAUGAAAUAUCUCAUUAAAGUCCUUGUGGAGAAAUUUUUUGUGAAGCAGCAGGAAUGUGUGCUGAAGUUUGUCGUUGUAACAUGCUUGGAAACAACACAUGGGUGUACAAUUCUUAACUUGAAGUUUGUUUUCUGGAAAUUCUUUGAAAUGUCAAAUGAAUAUAUGUUGAAGGUUUUUGUUGGAUGAGGUCUUGCUCGGGUUGAUAUACAAAAUGUACACAAUGGAUCCCUGGAGCCAUGUAGAAGUUAAACCAACCACAUUCAUUUCAGAUUUCUAAUCCAACCAUCUUUACUUAAUCAAGCUUUAUUCUCAGUAGAUAAUCAAACGAACUGUUGUUCCCAGCAGUGGGAGGCAGAUAGUAGGAUAUUUGUAUGAUGGUAGUGGCCGGAUAGUGGAACUAUCAGUGAGAGUGGUGAUGGCUGGGUUAAAGAGGAUGCUGAGUCAGCAGUAAGCUGAGAGAGGCCAGGUACGCUUGUGUUACCCCUGUGCUGAGAUAGUGCUACUCGAGAACAGUAUCCAAGGAACUGAGAUAUUAUAUAGAACCAGUGAUAUUGACACUCUGACAGAAAUAACUUGUUCAUUCAUUUGAGAAGCAUUAAACAGUAUUAAAUAUUUUCAUUGAACAAAAAUUAGCAGCCAGAUUUUAUUUUCAGUUGUCAUGUAAUAAGUACAAAUGAGACCAGAACAGUUUACUUAGGAGCCAUGUUAGAUCAGUUACUGAUUCAGACUGUCUCAAACUUUCAAAUAAAUUUCAUAUCAUUUCAUGUUGCUAAUGGUACAUUUGUACUUUGCCAAAAUUAAUUUUGCUGUCGGUACUUGUGUUAAAUGUUUUCUCUUUGAUCCUAUGGAAAGUGUGGAAAGAAGUCAGCAAGUUUCAAUAAAAGACAGUUUGAGCACCAAACAUAAGUUUGGGUAUGAGAAUAAUUUGAUGAAUCAUUGGAAUAUGAAAUUUCAAAAAUGUGUCCAAGAGAUGGUUUUUACAAGGCUUAAUCUUUCCCUCCAAAAUCGUCCCUUGUUAAUCCGGGUUGUUUGCUUAUAGCAGAGUAGUACAUCAAAAUUCUACUAAUUUCAUCUUGAGUAUUGUGAUUUAAAGACUUUUGUUAUUGUUGUUGACGAAAAAAAUGAACAGUUUUUUGCUUGUUUUAAAUGUUGAUGUAUUAUAUAAUGUUAUGUAAAAGUAGGACUGUAUAAGCUUAAAUCUCUCCAUUCCUCAUUCUACGGUGUAGGGUCUGACAUCACGGGAAGUUCUUGUGACCUUUAAAUCAGUGUGAUGUCCUCCAAAUUCUCAUUGCAGGAAAGUUUGUAUAAAGACUUUGUCACACGAUCAUGACGUCUGAUGCGGUCGUGUCCUUGUAGGGUUUCGUACAGAAAUGACUGAGGGAUUGAGUUUGAAUCAAGCUGAAUUAUGUUGUUAGGCUUAAAAUAUUGUUUGUUUUUCCGCGAUCACAUAUAAGUACAGUUGGGUACAGCUAGUUGACAUUGUUAUAGAUAAUUAGAGUAGAGGUGAUUGUUUUUGUCUAUGAUGAGGGUUACAGUAACUGAGUCAUCAUCAGAUUUGGUUUCACUCCUGGUACACAUAGCUUCUCCAUGCCCCUGAAAUGUAUGUCACGACAAAAUCAAAGACAGUCCAUGAGCUAUUUAAUUGCUUUCAGGUAUAAGAAACCGACCAAUCGCUUGGCUGAUAACUGUCUUUAGAGAUUACAGUGGGACAAAGCCUCAAUUCCAAGCCAGUCCAUUUUACCAUUCUGCUGCCAUGUCAUUCUUUUGGUGUACAUCACAGGAUCAAAAGUGUCCUCUUAUGUAAAGGUAGCCCCUAUAGAGACUUAGAUUUUGUCAUGACAUUUCAAGGGCGUAGGCAAGAUAAUUGUAUAAAGAGUGAUUUUGAAGUUGUAACUGUGUAAGUAGGUCAAGGACCUAAAAUGUUAUUUUAGACGUCAUAUAACGUGUAUAUUUAUCAUCAGAUUGACGGAGUCGCGAAAUUCAUCACAGAAAAACAAAGUGACAACGAAUAAAACACAAAUUUGCUGUGAGUGCAAAGUGCAAAGUCUUUCUUAUUCAUUAAUGUAAUGGCAAUACAAGCGAUAUUAAGUCUAUAUUGUGUGAGUGAUAUUUCGUCUACAUUUUAUGCGUCACAUUUUCUGCGUCAUAUACAGUGAAGCAUAAAGCACUAUUUCACUAAGUUCAACACCACAACUUUCCCUUUUGUUAAAAACUUACUUCCUCAUGUUGACUACUAACAUAUUGUCGUGUGAUUUUAAACUCUAUAAUUUUUUUCCAGGAACAAAACCAGGUAACUUUUGAGCCUGAGAAAGUUUGACAUAGAAAUUAUACAAUAUACAGUAAUUGUUUACUUUUUGGAGGAACUAACUCAAUCAGCAACUAAUAUUUAAAACUGGAAACAGUGAUUUUUAAACAUUUUCAGUGAUUAGAUAUAUAAGCAGUGGAAAUGCCGGAGAUUUCAAAAUCUACUGUAAUCUGUGUAUAUCGUGAAGGUCAUUCUUAGGUUGGUCUCUAUGAACGCAGCUGACUUGGCAGUUAUUUAUCGGUAGUACAGUUAAUAUACAAUUUGGUGAUUUUACUUACUGAAUUGAACACUGGGCAUAUUUGUCUUGAAAGAUAUAAAGUUAGUGUGGUGAAAACAUUACAUUUACUUAAAGGUAUGAAAAUUAUGUACUUUUUUUCAUAGAAAUUUAUUUAAUUACUAAGAAAAAGGUUAUUAAAAUUUCUGCCAUGGCAAUAUCGAAAUAAAUAUAACAACAAUACCUUUAUUGGCAUAAAGAUAUGUAUUAUAGUCAUACUAGGUAACUCGGGGUCAAAGGUCAUGUGUAUAAAUAAGUGCGAGAUUGUCGGGUAAGAUGCUUUGUUUGGUGUACAAAUGUAUCAAAGUUGGUUGAUUACAGAACAAACUAAUUAUAUAUAUAGUUUGAUGCUUAAGUCCAAGGUUAUAGUCAUGAAGAUAGGAAUGUAACAUACCAGUGACUGUCAGAGUGAUAUUAUGUUAUACAUGUAGUCAUGAAGAUAGGAAUGUAACAUACCAGUGACUGUCGGAGGAGUGAUAUUAUGUUAAGAGGGAUCUGCCAACUGUAAAUAUAGUAAAGUUUUAUUACGAAAGUCUCUAGCUGUUCAUUCCGUUUUUUCACACAUGUGUUAUAUCAGGGUUAAUGUGUGGUUCAUAGUGUGUGAACAGAAUCUUUUUUGUGCUGCCGCUUUCUGCUCUCAAAACAUUAGCUAACGGAGGCAAAGGUUUAUAUUUUGUAAAAUAUUUUUUUACCAUCAUAAUAUGGAGAUAGCAUAUGUGACAGACCUUGGGAGUAUUUUGGGUAGCCUUAUCUCUAAAAGUCGUAACGGUUUGUGAUAAAACGGUCAGGGGUAUGUGGUUCAUGUACAUUGUGUUAAGUUUAAGACAAGUCAUCAUGUGUUUUCAUAAAUGAGGUCAAAUGACAGCCAUAUGGAGAUAUUAAUCAUCAUAAACUGUGUAUAUCAUUGAUAUAAAUACUUAUGGUGAUCAUACAAAUGUACAGUUCCUAUUUCAUUAAUUUUAAUAUCAUUGAGUGAUCAUACAGUUCAUGUUUCAUUAAGUUUGAUAUUAUAAAAUGGUCAUCACACAAUUCAUAAUUCAUCAAUAUAAAGAUUAAUUGUCAUGGUACAAUUAAUAUUUUAACAAAAUUUUUGAGUAAAACUAUUUUUGUAUUUAUAAGUGUAUUAAUAUACAAUUGUAUAAAAGUGUUUAGACCUACUGUGCAAUUUUUAUCCAAGAUGCAAAAAAUAAAAAAUAAAAAAAAUGGUAC